UUAGCACAAUCCAUACAGAUGAGUAAGAUACUCUUCCAGUUAUAUUAAAACCAGAUCUCACCACCUACCUGAGACGUGCAUAUCCAUGAAAAAAGUAAUUUUAUUAUGAAAAAAAAGCAAUUCCGAGAACUUCUCGGAAAAGGGUAUGAACCAUUCCUGUUCAACAGCUUAUUAUGGCUGAAGAAUUGAGUGGGGGUCAGAAUGUACAAAAUGAAAGCGUCGUUUUAUGUAACAAGAAAUUUGUGCCAAACGCAGUCACCCAUACCAUCCCGGCUGCCAUAAAGACAGCACUUCCGAAGAGGGAUGCCGGAUGUGUCAACAGACAACACCUAGUUUUCAUCAUGUAUAGUAAAAAACUAGGAAGGUCAUACGAAGAAAUGACGACAUUCAAAAGAAUGCCGACGGAUGUAGGUUGUAGAGAUUGAAAAAGAAAGACAGCGAGAGAGCUUCUUUUAUAGUUUUUUCAGAAAGCCGGCGUUUCUAUUUACUUCACUGCG